AUUCUUCAGUGCCUAUGUAGGGUAUGCACCGAUCUCAUAAUAUGUCUGCAGUUGCCUGAGAUCAAAAUACAAGCUAUGUCACAAUCCGUCAAGCGUGACGCAGGCACUGCCUUUGAAGAUGCGGUCAACGACAGUCCUCAUACUUCCAAGCGGUCGAAAAAGAGGGCCGGCCGCAAAAGCGCUGAUCAAGAUGCAUUGAAGCCAGACACCGACGGAACCUCUGCUUUUCCAGCGACUCCAGAAAAGAUCAGCAACGGAGAGUCGCAAGAUGUCCUUCAUAAGAAGUCCAGUCCAAUCCAGGACGCAUCACCGAAGCCAUUGCCUGCGGCCGACCACAAGAAAGCUAAAAACUCACCGCGCAAUACGAAAACACUGAUGGAGGAGCCUGGAAAGAAGGCAGACAACAUAGCCUUAGGCAAGUGGGAGGUCACUGCACCGGACAAUGCGAAAGCUCUGGUCCCAAAGAAUAAAAGUCCAGCAAAACCCUCAGACUCGCAAGUCUCGAAAUCAAAAAGGCAGGACCCAGCACGUACCUCGGGGUGGUCUCUAUCACGGGCCAAAGGUGGUAUAUUCAUUGCACAGGAUCCUAUCUUGACGCAAGAUGACCAAUAUCUGAUCUUGCCCACCUUUUCCGAGGUACACGUGUAUGCCGCCAAAACAUCUCUCUUGGUCAGAAGUUUUCAGGUCGACAACAAGUCGGACAUCACGAGCUGUGCUCUUUCAACAACGGAUCCGAAGCGACUGUAUGUAUCGACCUCCAGAGGACUCCUUUCAGUAUGGGAUUGGACUUCAGGCAAGACACUGGGCAAACAUGAUACGAAGAGAGGUCUAUACCAGAUUCUUCCUGUUCAGUCGAAAGAUGGCAAGGAAACUGUCUUAGCCUUACAAGAAAACGAGGGAAAGGGCCAGUCAAUCGUUGCAUACACUGUGGACGACUCACAAAAGUUUGCAGAGAACCGUACCAUACUACGAAGGACAUCAAGACAUUCCAGGAUCAAGGCAUAUGCACAGGGAAGUAUCCUGGUGGUCGCCGCAGUCGACAAACUGUUAAUUGCCCAGUCACAAAUUACAGCAGAUGGUGAUCUGGACCUUGACUACACCUGGAGAGAAACAACUGUUUCAGGAACGAUUGUCAGUUUCGACGCGUAUAUCAACCUAGGGAAGUCAAGGAACACACGGAAAAUUCCCAUUCUGGAUGUCGCCGUCGGCCUACACAAUGGAGUCAUUGCUCAGUACGAAGAUGUUCUGUCCAAUCUGAUCGCAAAGGAGAAGAAGAGCUCCACCGAGAGCGUGAUCACCCGAAAGCUGCACUGGCACCGGACAGAGGUCAACACGGUGAAAUGGUCGCGGGAUCGCAACUAUCUUAUCUCAGGAGGCAACGAGACUGUGCUCGUCAUCUGGCAACUGGAUACAAACCAAAAGCAAUUCUUGCCUCAUCUCUCGACGUCUAUUCUCGGUCUCACGGUGUCUGCUGCAGGAUCAGCAUAUGCAUUACGGCUGGCUGACAACUCUGUCAUGGUCUUGCCAACAGCCGAUCUACUUCCCUCCACGAACGUCACUGGUCUCGCCUUGGGAGACAUUGGACUUUCUUCAUGUCCAGUCAUUCUACAUCCAAAUAUGCCAAAUCAACUACUGGCGGCUGUUCCAGCCAAUCCUGUAGUGAAAGACCUAAAGAGAGGCCAGAGCACUACGUUCCUGCAGUCGUACGAUGUAGAGUCGCAUUUUCAGACGAACCGACAAGCUCUGACGCGGAAUAUGACAACAGCACUGAACGUUGGUCCGGACGGUCAGUCAAUUCAAGAACCCAAUGUUACAGAGAUUGCUGUCAGUCACGAUGGAAAGUGGUUGGCAACUGUGGAUGAGUGGCACCCACCCGCCACAGAUGUCGAUCCCAUGUAUCUCGAUGCCGACGGUCCGGAAACUCGUGGUGCAGAUACGGAAACAAGCUUGAGGAUAUGGACUGCCCAUGAUGGCGGCAACACCUGGGAACUGGUGACACGAAUUGACGAGCCACACAAACCUGGACCACACUCUGUGCUUGGGCUGGCAGUAAAUCCUGUGAGGCUCGAAAUGGCGUCCAUUGGUAGCGAUGCAGCAAUUCGCAUAUGGUCACCCAAGGCAAGACACCGGAACGGGGUCGCGGUCAGGAACGCAUCCAACGAGCAGCUAUAUACUUGGACGUGCUCCAGGACCAUACACUGCGAACAAGACUCGGUCGGCCAAAGUGCUGCACCCACAUCUGCCUCGCUAACAUAUUCGGACGACGGCUCCGUACUUGCUACUUCGUGGUCGGGGCCGGCCUCCUCUACUCGCUUUGUCCACUUACUCGAUCCCAAAACUGGUCAAAUCUGCGCCUCUCAGCCUGAUCUCAUACCACAGGGUACUGCCAAGAUCGCGUUUGCCGGACGUUAUUUGCUGUGCCUCUCACGCACAUUCACCGUGUUCGAUACACUGACUACGCAGACCAUUGCCACCGUCGAUCUCGACCCCGAUUUUGUCGCUCCACAAAGUCAGAGCCCGAGCUACAUUGCGGUCAACAAGUUUGAUGGCACAGUUGCCAUCAGCAUUUCGCGUGCUCGGAAGCCUGGAAGCACGAAGCUUGUCGUCUUGAGAAUCAGUGAGGGUGAAGUUAGAUCUCUACACGAAGCCUCCUUCACGGGGGCUCUGAAAGGCCUACUUGCACAAUCGACGCUGCCUGGAUAUUUGAUGAUUGAUGAUCGGAACCGCGUGCGGUCGCUCAAACCCUCCGGUAUGAUUACUACUGCGUUGAGAUCUUCCCGGAGUACUGGCUUGGAGAAUGAGCAAGUCAGCAGGAGCUUAGACAGCAUCUUUGGUCGCGGUGGAGGGAUUGCAGCUACGAACGGGGUCGUGGACAAUGCAGAGUCAGGUGGCCGUGAUGAGACUCUGGCAAUCACUGCUGGCGCGACCUCCUCCGCACGAGAUCUUGAUUCUGUGUUGAGCAUUGUGUCAUCAACGCAGGCACCAAGUCCGGCUGAUUUGUUUCAGAGAGUGCUGAGUGCUCUAGCGCAGAAGUGAAGAUUGUCUAGAGGGGGCCAUCGAUAGAAUUAGUGCAAACUGAGUCAGCCGAUAGCCAAAAUACCAACAAGGCUAUCUAUCGAGCCUGUUUCCAGAAAAAGUGGC